GCUACAAUAAGCUAUGGGAUCUACUUUCUGAAUGAUUCCAACAUAUGAACUGACAAAUUUGAGGGUACUUCUGCUAAUUCAAUAAUUCCCAAAAUUCAACUGAUGUUGGCAUUUACCUAAUUAUAAUCAUUAGGUAUGCACAUGUCUUUUUUUUUCCUAUUCCAACAAACAGUUUGUUGAAUAUAAAUACACAAAGUGCCAAAGUGUUUGUUACCUUCAAAGUGCGUCCAAAAAAGUCGAAAGAAAAUGGAAAACCCAAUUCCGCCAUCAUUCAAUCCAAAAUUGAACGGUAAAAUUGCCAUCAUCACCGGAGGAGCAAGCGGAAUUGGCGAAGCGACAGCAUAUCUGUUUGCUCAACAUGGCGGUCAGGUAGUAAUUGCUGACAUCCAAGAAGAAAAAGGUCGAUCGGUUGCGGAAUCAAUCGGGUCCACUCACUGCACUUUCAUUAAAUGUGACGUUACAGACGAGCAACAAGUCCAAUCCCUGGUACAAUCAACAGUGGAAAUUCACGGUCGAGUCGAUAUAAUGUUCAGCAACGCCGGAAUUGCAAGCCACAACGAGCACGCACAAGAUAUUCUAGGGUUCAAUCUGGAUGCUUUAGAUAACCUAUUCGCGGUCAACGUUCGUGGGUCAGUCGCUUGCGUGAAACACGCGGCGAAGGCAAUGGUGGAAGGUGGGGUAAAAGGGAAGAUAAUAUGCACGGCGAGCGCGGCGGCAACGAUGGGGGUAACGAGGCAAAUUGACUACGCAAUGUCGAAACACGCAGUACUGGGAUUGGUGAGGUCUGCAAGUAAAGGACUGGGUGCGUAUGGUAUACGAGUGAACUGUGUUUCUCCAGCAGCAGUGGCAACACCAUUGUUAGAGAAAUCGAUGAAAAUGGGUGUAGAGGAGCUGGAAAAACUGUUUGAAUCCUUCAAUUGCUUGAAAGUUGGAGCUCUUAGAGCUUCUCAUGUAGCUGAUGCCGUCUUGUUUUUGGCGUCGGAUGACUCUCAGUUUGUCACCGGCCAUAAUUUGGUCGUCGAUGGAGGUUUUCAUCCUCCUAUGUGAUUGUUAUUUGGGCUUAGGUUUGGGCUCUUUUGGGUUUUCUUUC